AUGGCGGUGCCGUUCGUGGAGGACUGGGACCUGGUGCAGACGUUGGGCGAAGGCGCCUACGGGGAGGUGCAGCUGGCCGUCAACCGCCGCACCGAGGAAGCAGUGGCCGUGAAAAUCGUGGACAUGAAGCGAGCGGCCGACUGCCCGGAGAACAUCAAGAAGGAAAUCUGCAUCAACAAGAUGCUCAACCACGAGAACGUCGUCAAAUUUUACGGGCACCGGCGGGAAGGUGCCACGCAAUACCUCUUCCUGGAGUACUGCAGCGGCGGCGAGCUCUUCGACCGCAUCGAGCCGGAUAUCGGGAUGCCGGAGCCGGAGGCGCAGCGUUUCUUCCAGCAGCUGAUCGCCGGCGUGGUCUAUCUGCACAGCAUCGGCAUCACCCACCGCGACCUGAAGCCGGAGAACCUGCUGCUGGACGAGCGAGAUAACCUGAAAAUCUCCGAUUUCGGCUUGGCCACCGUCUUCAAACACAACGGCCGGGAGCGGCUGCUCAACAAGAUGUGCGGCACUCUGCCCUACGUGGCCCCCGAGCUGCUGCGGCGCCCCGAGUUCAGGGCCGAGCCCGUCGACGUCUGGGCUUGCGGCGUGGUGCUGACCGCCAUGCUGGCCGGAGAGCUGCCCUGGGACCAGCCCAGCGACAGCUGCCAGGAAUACAGCGACUGGAAGGAGAGGAAAACCUACCUCCCGCCUUGGAAGAAGAUCGAUUCGGCACCCUUAGCUUUGCUGCACAAGAUCCUGACGGAGAGCCCGACGGCGAGGAUCACCAUCCCCGACAUCAAGAAGGACCGCUGGUACAGCAAACCCCUCAAAAAGGGCGUCAAGCGGGCUCGCGUGUCCUCGGGGGGGGUCUCCGACUCCCCCGGCGGCUUCUCCAAGCACGUCCACUCCGAUACGGACUUCUCGCCAGUGAAGAGCGCGCUGGGCGAGGAGACGGCGCGUUACUCCACCUCGCAGCCGGAGCCCGGCACCGGCGGGGCGCUCUGGGAGAGCGGGGCGGCCAGCAUCGACAAGCUCGUCCAGGGCAUCAGCUUCUCCCAGCCCGCCUGCCCCGAGCACAUGCUGCUCAACAGCCAGCUCCUCGGCACCCCGGGCUCCUCCCAGAGCCCGUGGCAGCGGCUGGUGAAGCGGAUGACGCGCUUCUUCACCAAACUGGACGCCGACGGCUCUUACCGCGCCCUGAAAGAGGUCUGUGAGAAGAUGGGGUACGGCUGGAAGAAGAGCUGCACGAACCAGGUCACCAUCUCGACCACGGACAGGAGGAACAACAAACUCAUCUUCAAGGUGAACCUGGUGGAGAUGGAGAGCAAGAUUUUGGUGGAUUUUCGCCUCUCCAAGGGCGACGGCCUGGAGUUCAAGAGGCAUUUCCUGAAAAUCAAGGGCAAGCUCAGCGACAUCGUCAGCACCCAGAAAGUCUGGCUGCCCCCCACUUGA